AAACCCACCCAAAGCUCCACCAAGCAAGCACCAUGGCCUUCAAGUUCGUCGUCUUCGCCGCCUGCGUGGCCGUGGCCCGUGCUGGCGUCAUCGCCCAGGCCCCUCUUGGCUACGCCGGCUACGCCGCCGCCCCCGCCCCCCUGGCCUACGCUGCCGCCCCCAUCGCCAAGGCGGCCGUCGCCGUCGACACCGACUUCGACCCCAACCCCAGCUACAACUACAACUACGACAUUCACGACUCCCUGACCGGCGACGCCAAGAGCCAGCAGGAGUCCCGCCAGGGAGACGUUGUCCAGGGCUCCUACUCCCUGGUUGAGCCCGACGGCAGCCGUCGUACCGUCGAGUACACCGCCGACCCCGUCAACGGCUUCAACGCCGUCGUGCACAAGGACGCCCCCGCCGUCGCCGUCAAGGCCGUCGCCGCCGCCCCCGUCGCCUACGCCGCCCCCGCUGCCUACGCCCACGCCGCCCCCGUCGCCUACUCCGCCCCCAUCGCUAAGGUGGCCGCCCCCGUCGCCUACGCCGCCGCCCCUGCCUACGCCCACGCCGCGUACGCUGCCCCCAUUGCCAAGGUUGCCGCCCCCGUCGCCUACUCCGCCGCCCCCGCCGUCGCCGUGGCGUCCUACUCCUCCCCCUACACCACCUACCACCACUAAAGUGUGAUCAAAUAGUCAUUUUGUGUUCGUCCGGCCUCGCUGAACCCGACUGUGAACAGUGAUAGACAGAGAUCUCCAGCGGAGCCGUCAACUUCAUGUGUCACCCAUUCGUGUACGUUCUAGUACACUGCCAUCAUUCUCAAUAAAAUGAGAUAAAGUCAACA